AGGGUGUCGUGCGUAGCCGGUUGGCGUACACUGUACGUGACGCUUACUGCGGCGGAUUCCGGAGCUCGAGCUCGGAACGGCAGCGGGAGAGAACUAACCGCUCCUCCUCCUGCUUUUCUCCUGUCUUACUACGUUGAGUAACGGCAGGUUGUGCCGGUGGAGUGAGUUGUCGUGCAACAUGAACCUCCUUGAUUGAGACGCAAACACAGUUUAGUGUUUUUGCCACGUAGCCCAUAGUUUUCAUCAGUAAAGCCAUGCCUGAAGAGUGAAGUUCGUCCUUGCUUACAGCAAUAAGUUCAAGAAAAACCUACAUGAUUCUCCAUGUAGUCCCCCCUCUGUGCAUCCUGCUGGAGUGAAAUCACGUCCAGAUAGGCUUGCCCUGUCCUGUCAACUUAUCCAGAAAAAUGUCGAUCCACUUUAGCAUGCCCAACACCUAGAAUCCCAUGCGUCCAGUCAGCGCGGAGUUGGACGGUCCUGCUCCUGAAAGCUACUCAAACCCCCUCCUUCCAGUCCCCCUUCCUGCCUCUGAGAUGUCUCUCCUCCACUCGCUGGGCCCAGUGCAGAGCUGGCUUGGGCAGGAGCUGGAGAAGUGUGGGAUCGAUGCCAUGAUCUACACCCGCUAUGUCCUCAGUCUGCUCCUGCAUGACAGCUAUGACUACGACCUGCAGGAUCAGGAAAAUGACAUCUUCUUGGGUUGGGAGAAGGGCACUGGUAAGAAAUGGGGAAAGAGCAAGAAGAAAGGGGGCACGGAUCUGAGUGUGGAGGAAAUGAAGAAACAAGCCGCCGUGCAAUGCCUGCGUUCAGCAUCUGAUGAAAACUCUGGAAUUGAAAGCUUGGUUGAGGAGCUUUGCUCUAAACUCAAAGAUAUCCAGAACAAGCAGAAAGAAGAAAAACAAACUAAUAAGAAAUCUGAUGGAUCUCAAUCUCCUGAACUUGCUGAAUCCCCAUCUUCGAAAGACCAGGUGGAAAUGUACUAUGAAGCCUUUCCACCUUUGUCAGAGAAACCCGUUUGUCUUCAAGAGAUCAUGACGGUGUGGAACAAGGCCAAAGCAUGUGCAUACUCUAGCUCGUCCUCCGCAGCCCCUCAGACAAGCACGGACACCUCUUCCCCGAAAGACUGCAACAGCGAGGGCGAAGCCGUCAAGGACAAGACGGCUGAGGCCUGCAGUGCCGUCACCGAAAAGACCCAGCAGCGACGCAGCAAGAAGGAAAAAGAGAACCGAUUCUACAACAGCGUGGCAGAGGAAAGAGCCGUCCACAACAAGAGGCAGACAAGGCACCGGUCUGAAGGGAAGUUCCGCCCUCGCUCCUGGUCCUCUGGCUCCAGCGAAGCAGGCUCCAGCUCCAGCGGGAACCAGGGCGAAUCAAAAACAUCUUUCAAAUCGGUCAGGAUCAGGCACAAGUCCAGGGAGGCCAGCAGAAGCAAAAGGGGGCGCAAUGGGCAGGUGAAGCUGGCACUUAAGGCCAUCGACAAAGAGGAACGAAGAAAUGCAGGUGGAAGCAGCAGCAGCACCAGUGGCCCCACAAAACAGCCGCAGCUCUACAAAAAGGGGAAGAGGCCAUUGAAAGAGAUCAAAAAAGAUCCCAGCUGUGGAGAAACGAAAGAACCUGGCUGCGAGGCGAGAAACAAAAAGGAAUACAUGGAAGAGCCCCUGUGGUACACUGAACCGAUCACAGAAUAUUUUGUACCUUUAAGCAGAAGGAGCAAGCUGGAGACAAAGUACCGCAACAGGCUGGAUUCUCCAGAUGGCUCGUCCGUGUUAGCUGACGUGGAAAAGCUGACCGAGAGAAUGCAAGGAAUUUGCAUUGCCAACACAGAUUUCCAGAGAGCGUACCUCGCGGCCGGUACUUUCGUUGAUGGGCACUUUGUGGAAAUGCCUGGAGAAGUCGACGAGGCUGCUGAACUAAAUGGGACCUCAAGCUGCCCUCCACCAGAGGAUAGUAGAGAUUUAGAUGAUGAGCAUCUGUCUGAAUUCACUCACUUCUAUGAAGUUGACAUUUAUCAAUCCAUAUUGGAUCCUAGUGCCUCAGACUCUGUACAAGAGAGUCGGAUCUUAAGCAUGAUUCGACAAAAGAGCAAAGAGCAAAGAGACUUUGAGGCAGAAUGUUGUUUAGUGUUAGAUGGCCUUGAGCUGCAAGGGGAAAGUGCAAUAAGGGCGGAUUCACAAAGAUCUUUCGGAGCUGAUGGAUUCUUCAUGCAAGAUCUGGAAAACAUAGCUCAAGUUUGGGAAUGUUAUUCGUCUUCUAGUUCUGAAGAUAUUGAUGGAGAAAGCUUCGCUGGGGACUCCCCCGUCCGGCUGUCCCCCACAUUGGACAACACAGUAUUCAAUGCAAGCAGUUUGCCUGUAAAUCUGGAGGAGUGUCUCUCUGAAGCCAAUGAAGCAGCGGGUUUGAACUCUUCUUGCUUCUCACUUUUUGAGGUGCAGUAUGAUAGCCCCACUCUUCCCUUUCCCUGCGACUCACUCACCGUUGGUCAUGACAACACGGAUUCAAGUAGCUGUGUAGAUCCUCUCGGAAACAAACAGUCUCGUUUGCUAAUAUGGACCAAAAAUAGUGCCUUUGAUGAAACUGAACACUGUUCUAACCUUUCAACACGAACCUGUAGUCCAUGGUCACAUUCGGAAGAAACACGUUCAGAUAAUGAGCAAGUUAAUACACAGCCAGAGGAGUCGGCUCAGUUCUGCAAAGAAGAGAUUAAUUGUAUAAUGCCACCCAUCUCCACUAGAUGUCUAGAGGAUGAACUCCUAGACUUUUUACAAGAGGACAGCAGUCAGCAAUGUGACGACAGGAGUAUAGGCAUAGCAUCCAGUCAGACCUUCAAAAAGAAAUCAAAAUUGGAGUCAGUUUGUGGAAUACCGUUAGAACAGCAUGAUACGAGCAAACCAUACAACACUGGCAUAUUCACAGACGACACAAGCCAACAGAGUGACAACUACAGCUCAGGGAUAAUUAAAGACAUUUGGACAGCUAUUGGCGACAGAGAUUCCGUUUUAACACUAGGAGGAGAAAGGCCGGAUGAGGGGUUGUUCCCAGAAGAGAUGAGUAACUACCACUGCUGUUGCUUAGAUGUGGAGGCGAAAGCAGGACCUGUUCAGGGGCCUCCAAAAAAGGCAGUGCAGCGCUCCGAGUAUCACCUGUGGGAAGGCCAGAAGGAGGAGCAAGCCUUGGCCAAAAACGAGCUCUCCAAGGUGGAUGGUGGAGAUUACAUGACACCAUCCAAGCCUUGGGACAUGAACCCAGAGAAGGACAAUACGUUCAUACUGGGUGGGGUGUACGGAGAGCUUAAGACGUUCAGCAGUGACGGGGACGGGGACUGGGCGGUGGUGCCUCCCAGUGACGGGCGAGGCAGUCUGCUACAGUGUGCUACGGCCUCCGAUGUAGUUACCAUCGCCGGUACAGACGUGUUCAUGAACACAGGCAGCUGCUUCGCUCCUGGUCACAAGCCCCUGUGGAGGCCUCUGGUCUCCUUUGGGCAAUGCGAUCAGGCCGUGAAAGGAGGUGGAGAGGGAUUGAAUAAGGGAUUUUCUUUCAUCUUCCAUGAAGAUUUACUAGGAACCUGCAGCGGCUUCCACAGUGAGGAACCGGGGCUUGAUUACCCAUUCUCGUCCUUUGACUUGAACAAUCCGUUCUCUCAAGUCCUUCACGUGGAGUGCUCCUUUGAGCCUGAAGACAUAGCCUCAUUCAGCCCAGGGUUCAAGCCUAAGUCGAUUUUGUGUUCAGAUUCAGAGAGUGAAACUUUCCACCCGCGGAUAUACGGCAUCAACAGGACCCAGUACAGGGCAAUCCGUAUUUCACCAAGGACUCACUUUCGACCGAUCUCCGCCUCGGAGCUGUCUCCCGGUGGAGGGAGCGAGUCGGACGUGGAGUCGGAGAAAGAGGAGAUGAGUCUUCCUGUCCUUGCUCAGCCAGACGUGUUUGAUGACCCUCAGGCUGAUCUCAAACCGCUGGAGGAAGACGCUGAGUGUGAGGGCCCCUAUUACGGGAAGUCCGAACUGGAAUCUGGUAAAUUUUUACCAAGAUUAAAAAAGUCUGGCAUGGAAAAAAGUGCCCAGACUUCAUUAGAUUCACAAGAGGGCUCUAGUGCCCUCUUGCCAAUAGCUGAGCAAGAGGUUUGCUUAGACUGCGAGAUGGCUUCAAUGGUGAGCGGAGGAAUGGAAGACUCCGCUAAAAAGAUUCUAAAGGAUGAAAGUUGUAUGGAAAAGGAGGCACGCAGAUAUUCGGUGGAUGGUCAUAACCCCAAAUAUGGGAAAACCUGUGACUUCGCUGAAGAUUUGCAGGAGUUUCCUGUGCUUGGUGUAAGUGCACAGGGAAGUACUUUCAGCCAGCAGGAAGAAUGCUGGUGGCAGAAUACUCUCUGCUCACCCUUAUUCCCAGGAUCUCAGUGUACAGGGAGCAGCAACAUGUGAGUCCCCCUGGUCCAGUGAGGGGGAGCCUGGGGCCACGGCGACAGCCCUCUGGAGUUGGCUCUCCUCUCAGGACGGCUUCUGUUCCGACCAGAGAGCCUCAGAACCAGGAGACCUGCGGGUGGACUGCACCUCUUGUCCAAAAACCCAUCUCUAACCCUGCUGAUUUUCACUCACUAACUUGAAACUAGUGUUAUCAAAAAGAAAAAGAAAAAUUUGGAAAAAAAAAAACAAAAACACAAAAAAAGUAAAUGCCUUCAGGUGAUGCUAUAUUUGAAGGCAGAAAAUUUUAGUUUUGUUUUAGUUAAUUUCUUCAGAAAUUAAUCUUAAUACAAAAAAGUCACAGUUAGGCGGUAGGGACAAUCUUCUUUUUUCCUCAUCAUUUUUCCCAGUCUUUUUGCUUUUGAACUUAGGAUACUGUUAGUUGUGGUGUCCGAAUGGUUGUGCAUGUGCCUGUCUUACUAGUCUCACUGCUUCUUUUACAGUGUAACUGCUACCAUUUCCAAGACCUAACUGUGAUAUCAUUUAAAAACACCAUUACAAAACUGCUUAUGUCUCUCUCCACACCUGCCAUUCAGAAUACCCUUAGUGUGGCACAGUUUGAGGUUUGAUGUGUAAGAACUUGAAGUCCAUACCUUCAGUAGAACAGUAGUUACCCAUUCUGAAUGCAGGAAAAAGAAAGCGCAUUUGCAGGGUUUUUCUGUGAAAAAAUUGGCUCUAUCAUGAAACCACAGGAAUGUAAGGGUUAUUCGUAACAUAAAAAUAAGAUUUUUACUGAUGAUAGAUUCCUCUUUUCCUUAAGUAAUAGGCAUAGUAGUUGAAUGGUUUGUAAAGCAAAAACCUUCCAAAAAAAAAAAAAAAUCUUAGCGCAAGUUCAUAUUUUUUGGUUUUCUUUCAGGGGAAAUUUACGGUUUUGAACACAUGAAAGUACCAACUUAGCAAGUGAAUACAAAAAAGCAAAAAAACAAAUUUGAGUAAUGGAUUGAGUUAUAUGGGGAAUAAUGACCCUUUCCAGUACAACCUCAUUAAAAAAAAAAAAAGAAAAAAAAAAACAUUUCUAUGGAGACACUUGGGUUGUAUUUCGACAUGUUUUUUAAACUCCACAGUACAGAAAGAUUGGUGCUAUAAAUACUUAAAAUUCAGUAGCAGUUACAGUUUGAUAUCGUGGAUGUGAUUUUUGUAGGUCCUGUAGUUCUGUUUGUCUCCAUGGCAGAGUGUAAGGAUCAGUUUAUUAUAUAUAAAUAUAUAAAUAUAUAUAAAAAGAGAAAAAUAUCAUUGUGUGACUGCUGUAAUGGUUCUCGCUUUAUGUGGCUUGGUUUUCAUUUAAGAUAUUUGUACAGUAGCAAGUCAACACUUAAAAUAACAAAAAAAGAGAAAAAACAAAAGAAACAAGUGUUUGAUUUUUCAAAUUUCAACAAUUGAAAAAGUCUAUAGCAAGAGAAUGGCAUAUUUAUGCAAAGAAAAUCACCUAGAGUCUAUUUCACUUUAAUGACUUCACACACUGUAAAUGUGGGUCCGCGAGUAAGCUGAAAAAUCAAAAGGCAAUAACCAUUAAAAAGUACAAUUCAGACACUACCAAACUGAGAGGGAUUACAAAAUAGGCUAUAUUCUGAAAUAAGUGUUGUAGUUUAAAUAUAACAAAGGGUUAUUUCACCAAGGUACAGACGAAUAUUUAUUUUGGUUUCUUUUUGAGGUGUGUUUUUGGGAUAAUUUCUUUAUUUACAGUAUACAGAAUCUUUGAUGUUAAUGUGUGUACUUAUGUGUGUGUCUGCAUUUGGACAGCAAUUUCAGCCGUGUGUCUAACACUGACCAUGAGCCCUUGAUCAAUCUCAAUGUUUCAUGCAAACACACAUAAAUUCAUACAUAGCCCUAACUCUGGUGCCCGCCCACACACACUACUAUACCAGAAGGUUAGGUUGUGGUGGGAAUGAUACCUUUAUGGCCCGUGCAUUGACACUAGCAUCUUUUAUUUCCUCAAAAUACAGCAGAUGCUGUGUGCAUAAUCUUAAAAUCUUGUGAUUUCUGUUUUACACUUUUUACUCUCCCUUUGGAGAACAUCUCAGCCACCAUGAGUUUCCCUGAUUGACAAAACAUUUUUCAUUGGCUAUAUGAGGGUGUUUUUUUUUCCCUCAGUGGAUAGUGUAUCAUUUUUUAAAUAUUUUUUACUUAUUUGCUUGGCCUGUGCCCUCAUGCAGGCUGACUUACACCAGCUUACAUCUUGAAAUAAAGCACAGGCGAUAAAGUUGUCACCCACCUUCCAGUCAUUCUGUUAAGCAUCUAAUGUACAGUCCCAACAUGUUUUUGUCAGUAAUGUGUGUACACACAUUCUAAUGCACUGUCACAGGCUAAAGGGUGUACCCUUCAUCUGGAACACAUUAUUAAACUGUACCUAUUUAUUUAUAUCUUAUUAAACUCAUUUUGGCUCAAGUACUAAAGGAGAUUGUACAUAAGUAAAGUUAAGAGGUCGAUGGUACUUUUGUCUUCCACUCCUUUGGUAAUUGUUCAGUGGUGGGCAUUAGUGUGAGUGCCACCAGUGGCAAAUGGUUUCAGUCAACUGUGAAGUAAUAGGGAAGAAUCUGAAAUUAUUAGCAUAAUUUACCAGGUUUUGUUUUAUAUGAAGGGGAGGAAAUGCUUCAGUCUGUGACUGUACAUUAUUUAUUGCAAGCAUUUUCAUAACACUUAAAUGAAUACUUUGCAUUUUAGUUUUAUUUAUUGACAGAUUUCCUUUAGAAGUAGCACGUGUUUAUCUCUAAGCUUCCUGAACUUAAUGUACAGCACUUAAAUUUAGAGUUACCAUUGGAACAGACCGAGCCAUGAGAUUUUUUUUGAGAGGCGUUUUGAGAGACCUUUCAAUCGGCUCUGGGUUAUAUGCAAUAUUGCAGCGCAUGCAACAGCAAAAACAUUCAGAAGGAUCUAUUGCAAAUAGUGUUCCACUCAGUUUACUUUUGCAUGAAGCUUAUUUUUGA